UUUUCGAAAUAUUUUUAAAUGAUCGGAUAUGUUUGUACGCAUUUUUUCCUCUUUUUGAAGAUUUAAAUUGGAAAAAAAAAUAACUAAUAUCGAUUUUAUAGUAUAUUUUGUGAUUUUCUUUUCUGUGAGAGACAGAUUUCAGCAUUCUAUCCUAUUUUUGUUUGCAUUCAAUCCAAUUUUGAAUAAAACAUGCCUUCAGUUAUUGUGCUAGAUACUUCUCUUUCAAUGUGUCGCCCUGUACAGAUGCCAGAUGUAACAGAAUCAUUUCAAUUCAGAAAUCUUGCUGUACAUGGUAUAACAUGUCUUUUAGAUUACCUGAAUAUCAAUUUCAAAUUGGAGUUUGCUGCUUUGAUGUCCUUCAGCUCAUUCCGAGAUUCUCUUGUGCCUUUUACUCGUGAUUUUGAAAGUAUUAAGGCUGCCCUUAUGCAGCAAGAAUACAAUGAGCGUUCUCGAAUCGCAAAGGCACUAGAAGGAGUUCAAAGUCUUGUAAUGGAAGAAUGGGGUGCAGGAGUUCCAUGCCAGGUAAUUAUGGUUACUGAUGGAGUCAUUGGCCCUGAAAUUGAGGCAUUAAAGAAAGAUAUAGAAAACCAUUAUACUGUAACUGAAAAAGGAACUGAAGAUAGUACCUUUCCUUUACCCUUCCCUUUCCCUUGUAAAUUGCAUAUUGUUUGUAUCGCCAAUUCAACUGAUCCAUACUUGCAAGCUUCUCUUCCUGUUUAUCAGAAACUGAUUGAUAUCAGUGGAGGGGGAGGCCAAAUAUUUAUUCCUGAAGGACUUAUAAGUUUUAAAAGCAUUCAGGGCAUGUUCUUAAAAUUGGCUGAACUUUAUUACAAGCCUUUUCAUGGUAUUCUACAUUGUGGGACAUUGACAUCUAAUGUUGCUCUAUCUCCACCUCCAGAACCUUUUUGCAAAGCUCGAGAUUUUGAAUUGGUUAAAGCAGAAAUGUCAAAUGAUAUUGUGAUAUGUGGUUUCAUUAGUAUUGGAGAUGUAUCGAGUCCACCAUCUCAUUCAAGGCAUUUGAUUUUACCUCUUCAGAGUAAUAAGGAUGAAAUAAAACCACCUGUUAUUAAAUUAGAAAGCUCUGAAAGCAUUGAAGAUGAAGCUGCAAAUGAAGAUGGCAAACAACCUUCAUUUUGUGUUUUAUUACAUGGAAGUUUAAGGGUGGAAGGAAUGGUUGCAAUAUGCCAUUUAGGUGGUGAUUGGUAUGGCAUGUUAUAUUCAUGGGCUGACAGCAAGAAGAAGUCUAAUCUUAUGCUAUCUGCAUUUGAACCAGGUCUUGAUGUUAUUCCUUGGCUUGGUAGUUUCACCAACAUGGGGCCCGUUGAACUUUUUCCUGAUAGUGAUAUACCCACAUUUCCUAUUAAACCAUCAGAAAAGAGGAGUUAUGCACAAAACUGUGUUGUUUGGAUACGACAGUCUGGUCUUCAGGCGGAUAUACAAAAAAUAUUAAGACACGCUAGGAAACUACCAGAAAAGACCCAGAACUUUUAUAAGGAGUUAAAUCGAUUGAGAAAGGCUGCCUUGUCUUUUGGCUUCCAUGAGUUGCUGGAAGGUAUGGCGACUAUUCUUGACCGAGAAUGCACUCUACUCCCUGGAUCGGCACAUCCCGAUGCUGCUCUACAGUUAACACAUUGUGCAAAUGCGUUGAGAAGCAACAGUAAAGACUAUAACUCGCCAGUUCUUCCACUCAAGACAAAGUUUAUUCUGGAAGACUGAUACCGAAUGUAAAAAGGUGGUGUUAUUUGUAUUGAAGGAAAUAAUGCAAGUCACGGAUUUGUCUACAUUGUGAGAAAUUGUAAAAAAAUUGUUUUAUCAUUGUAAAUAGUUUUGUUGAAAAAAUAUACAAUAAAUAAAGAUAUUUGGAAAAGUGGA